AUGGCCGCGGCCGUUGCCGCGCGACGUAAACACGGGACGCCGGACGUGGUGACGUCACCGGCGGGGAACGCCGGACCCGCGGGACCACCGGGAACCGGGCCGGGACCCCCGGGACACCGGGAACGAGACAGGGACCCCCGAGAACCGGGAUGGGACCCCCGGGACCCCUGGGAACCGGACCGGGACCCCGACAGGGACCCCCGGGCUACCGGGAACCGGGCUGGGACCUCCGGGACACUGGAACGAGACAGGGACCCCCGGGAACCGAGCGGAAUCCCCGGGAACGGGACAGGGACCCCCGAGAGCCCGGCCGGGACCCCCGGGAUCUUGGGAACCGGGCAGGGACCCCCGGCAACCGGGCUGGGACCCCCGGGACACCGGGCUGGACUCCCCGGGAACGGGACAGGGACCCCCGGGAUGCCCGAGAGCCCGGCCGGGACCCCGGACCCCGGGAACGGGGCUGGGACCCCCCGGUACCGGGCUGGGACCACUGAGAGCCCGGGAAUGGGGCUGGGACCCCCGAGAGCCGAGCCGGACCCCCGGGAACGGGACCGGGACCCCUGGGGACCCCCGGAACCGGGCUGGGACCCUCGGGACACCGCGAACGGGACCGGGACCCCCGGGACCUCGGGAACCGGGCUGGGAGCCCUGAGAACGGGACCGGAACCCCUGGAACGGGACCGGGACUCCCGGGACCCCCGGAACCGGGCUGGGACCCCCGAGACCGCGGUAACGGGACCGGGACCCCCGAGAGCCGACCGGAACCCCCGGGAACGGGACCGGGACCCCCGGGACACCGGGAACGGGAGUGGGAUCCCCGAGAAUGGACCGGGACCCCCGGGACACCGGGAACGGGACUCCCGGGCCAGGCCGGGCCCGCGGACACCGGGGGCCACCGGAGGGGGCGGGGCCGGCGCGAAUGAAUGA